CUCUUGAAGCGGUCUGACAUUGAGACUGAUAGCUUCUAGACAGCCCGUAACGUACCAUAUUCUGCAGGUUCCGUGCGUCCUGCAUACCCCUACCCCUACCCCCCUUGACACCCGCCUGCCCCGCCAGCGACGGCGUUUGCCCCCUGCCCACAUUCCUUCUCUUCCAUCUCCUCUGACUCUGCCAGCACUUUCCUCUACUGUUGCUCACACUUACAAAGCUCUCAUACAUACACCCUCUGACGUACCCUACGACGUUCACCGUCACUGUAAAAGCAGGCUUACUGAAGGCCGGGCUGCUGGGCCGGUGGCUUCCCAAGCCUCUCUGUGUACCUUACACGCGAACACUAUGUGCAUGGAGUAGCUUGGCAAAUGUACUAAGCUCUUUCGUGCGCACGACAAGGCCGACAAUGGCAAUGGCACAUGCUGACGCCGGCCCCGGCUUCACAUCUGUCAACAAGCCAGCAUCACCUGCACCUGUCCCAACCUCCACCGGCACGAAGCGUAAGCGGGACACACAGGUAAAGUUCUACUCUGUACGUGUGGGCAAGGAGCCAGGUAUCUACCAUUCAUGGACCGAGUGCUUGGAGCAAGUGAAAGGCUACCCGAAAGCCCUGUUCAAAAGCUUCACGUCCUUGACCGAGGCGCAGCACUUCCUGAACGGCGAUAUUGGCGGUGGCAGUGGUGUGGGCCUAGGCAAUUCGAGCUCGCCGCAGAAGUUCUACGGUGUACAGUGCGGCAGGGUGCCGGGCGUAUAUACGAACUGGCAGGAUGUGCUGGAUCAGAUUCGAGGGUGGAAGGGACCGAAGCACAAAGGCUUCAAGACUCGGAUAGAAGCUGAGCUGUUCGUCCGAGAGGGCCAGCAAUAUCAGCAGCAACAUCAGCAGACCAAUGUCGAAGGAGACGGUGCCGUCGAAAGCAUCGAGACAGCUGAGCCUAGCAGGAAGAAGGCCCGCAAAGCCGACCCUGUCAAGCAGGAGGACGGUCCGCCAGAUCCGCCAGUUCAGGAUGCCGUCGAGUACAAGGCUGGUGAGGCGCCUUUGAACGGUGCAGAAGAUGACUUCGACACCACCAUCGUCCUUGAUCAGUCCAGCGGCUCUCUUCGCUACAAGACAGCCGACGAACGGGAUCGCGUCAAGUACCAGGCUGUCCGCCCAGUGCAUAAUGCACCCGUCCGUAUCUACACCGAUGGCUCAUCUCUCUCCAACGGCCAAGCGAGCGCCAUAGGUGGCGUUGGUGUCUACUUCGGGCCUCAGGACAAGCGAAACAUUUCCGAAGGCUUGACUGGCUCACGACAAACCAACCAACGUGCAGAGCUUACUGCCAUCCAGCGAGCGCUUGAUGUGGCGCCCAAGGAUAGGCGUGUCGUCAUCCUGUCCGACUCAAACUACGCCAUUAAGUGCGUCACGGAGUGGUUCGUGAAGUGGAGGGCUAACGGGUGGGUAAAUGCGAGUGGGAAGGCGGUGGAGAACCGCGAUCUUAUACAGAAGGUGAUUGACAACCUUGAAGAGAGGUACAAGAUGAACCAGCAUCGCAACGUGGACUUUGCGGAGGAGGAUGAUGCGGUGGAAGACGAUGGCAAGCCGCCCGGUCCUUGGGAGAGAGGGUUGGCGGGCGUCAAGUUCGUGUGGGUGAAGGGGCAUGCGAAGGACGCUGGGAACAAUGCGGCAGAUAACCUGGCCACCGCCGGUGCGAGGGAGGCAAGAGAGCUGCUGAACGGCGAUAAUCAUUUCUGAAGCGUAUGCUAAGAGGAGACUCAUGGGUCUGGUAUGUGACGACAGAAGACGGUAUUGAGAUUACAGCGAGGCGCUGCGCUUCAUCUGCUGCAUUUUGUAGCGAAUGUAGCUCCCCAAAGAUAUACUCCGUCCUUUAUGAGUCUAAC